CCAUCAUCAAAGACUCUCCUCCUAACCUAACCAACACUUCUGCAGGACCCAGUGGCUUGCAAAACACUUUCAUUUCAUAUCUGUGGGAAGCAGGUGGGACAGAGGGAUGAUCUCUACUGUUCCGAUGAAAACACUGAGUUUCUCAGGGAGGAAGUGAUGUGCUCAGUAUCUCUGAGAAAACCAGCCACAGAGCCAGGAUUUGAACUAGGUCUCCUGUCCCUAAAUUCUGGGUACUCAGACUUGACCCCAGUUGUGUGGGGAAGCAGUGGGGCAAGGAAAUUGGAUUUGGUGUCUGAGAGGCCGGGUUUCAGACCUAAGCUCUGCCAGUCACUUCCUGUUCACCUUGAGCAAGCUAUUAAACCAUUCUGAGUCCCAGUUUCCACAUUGGUACCAAUGAAGAUAACAUCAGCCACCUCCUAGGAUUGUUAUGAGGUGUGAAUGAAAUAACCAGUAGCCUGGUACAUCACAGGUGCUUCCUGAAUUUCUGUUCCUUUGCUCUCUUUUACCAUCCCAGCAGCCCAGGCAGGGUGAGCAGCUAUGAGGGGUGGUGGCAGUGGAUGGGGGUGACAAGGGACAGACUAGGCUCCCCAGGGGAAGGCAGAUAGAGAGAGCAGGAACCAAAUGUCAUUCGUGCAGCCACUCCCAAUUUAUGGGACCUGGUGCAGACUCUUUGAAGAGGCAAUAAAACUCAUUUUCUGCUAGGAAAUGACAACAGUCGAGAGUCCUGACUUAGCAAACCAAAUUCAACAAAUUUUUUUUUUUAUAAGGCAUGGGGUUCUGGAUGGGUAGCAAAAAUCACAUUCUAAUGAGAUUAGCUUUCGGGAAUAGGAAUAGGCUUUCCCAAGAGCAAGGGAUGUGUACCAUGCCAACACCCCAUGGAGAGUGUAUAUAAAUGCUCCGCAGAGGCCUUGAGUCCAGAACCCAAGCUGCUUGCUAAGCUGCAGCCUUCCUCUGCUAGCACCAUGGCCGCCCAGAUCUGCACCCCGACCUUCUCCAUGGGGUCUGCCAAGGGCCUCUGUGGCGCAGCAGGCGGUAUCUCUCGGGUGUCCUCCAUCCGCUCUGUGGGCUCCUGCAGGGUGCCCAGCCUCGCCGGUGCUGCGGGGUGCAUCUCUUCUGUUAGGUCGGGCCUCUCCAGCCUUGGGAGCUGCUUGCCUGGCUCCUAUCUGUCUGCUGGGUGCCACCCCUCCGGCUUUGUUGGGAGCGGGGGCUGGUUCUGCGAGGGCUCCUUCAACGGCAGCGAGAAGGAGACCAUGCAGUUCCUGAACGAUCGCUUGGCCAACUACCUGGAGAAGGUGCGUCAGCUGGAGCGGGAGAACGCGGAGCUGGAGAGCCGCAUCCGGGAGUGGUAUGAGUCUCAGAUCCCGUACACUUGCCCAGACUACCAGUCCUACUUCAAGACCAUCGAAGAUUUCCAGCAGAAGAUCCUGCUGACUAAGUCUGAGAAUGCCAGGCUGGUUCUGCAGAUUGAUAAUGCCAAGCUGGCUGCUGAUGACUUCCGGACCAAGUAUGAGACUGAGCUGUCCCUGCGGCAGCUGGUGGAGUCGGACAUCAACGGCCUGCGCAGGAUCCUGGAUGAGCUGACCUUGUGCAAGGCCGACCUGGAGGCCCAGGUGGAGUCCCUGAAGGAGGAGCUGAUGUGUCUCAAGAAGAACCACGAGGAGGAAGUCGGUGCACUCCGUUGCCAACUUGGGGACCGACUGAAUGUGGAGGUGGAUGCUGCCCCCCCAGUGGAUCUCAACAGAAUCCUGGAGGAUAUGAGAUGCCAGUACGAGGCCCUGGUGGAGAAUAACCGCAGAGAUGUGGAGGCCUGGUUCAACACCCAGACUGAGGAGCUGAACCAGCAGGUGGUGUCCAGCUCAGAGCAGCUGCAGUGCUGCCAGUCUGAGAUCAUUGAGCUGAGACGCACGGUGAACGCCCUGGAGAUUGAGCUGCAGGCCCAGCACAGCAUGCGGAAUUCCUUGGAAUCCACCCUGGCGGAGACCGAGGCCCGCUACAGCUCCCAGCUGGCCCAGAUGCAGUGCCUGAUCAGCAACGUGGAGGCCCAGCUGUCUGAGAUCCGCUGUGACCUGGAGCGGCAGAACCAGGAGUACCAGGUGCUGCUGGACGUCAAGGCCCGGCUGGAGGGCGAGAUCGCUACCUACCGCCGCCUGCUGGAGGGAGAGGAUUGCAAGCUUCCUCCCCCACCUUGUGCCAUGGCAUGCAAGCCUGCCAUUAGAGUUCCUUCUGUCCCCCCGGCGCCCUGUGCCCCGGCUGUGGCCUGCAUCCCUGCUCCCCAGGCUGGUACUCAGAUCCGCACCAUCACCGAGGAGAUCAGAGAUGGGAGAGUCAUCUCCUCCAGGGAGCACCUGCAGUCCCGCCCGCUGUGACAGCCCACCUGGUCCACCAGGCAGGGCCCCGACCACAGGAAGGAGGACACCCUGGGACUCCUGGCAGCUGAACGACCCUGUCCCUCUCUAGAAGGGUCCCCCUAUGCUUAGCAGGUUUUUCUACCAAAACACUCCCGGUAUUGUGUUUCUGGACUUCACUGUGCUUUACGCCAUGCAAAACCAGGUUUCCUGGAAAUUUACCCAAUAAAGUGUGUUCUCCUGGCAUAGCAAACUCAA